AUAAGAGUCAAAUAACUUCUCAUGCUCUCUGAUCUGUUGGUGUGGUUAUAUUGUUUUCCAUGAGGCAUUUCAUCAAUCUGUGGUUUUCUCUGAUCUGUUUGUGUUCAAUUUUUGUGCCUUUUUUUUUUUUUUAUGUGUUUUCCAUGACACUAUAAAAGUAGGUUUCUUGAUCCUUCGUGUAAACCUCUGUUGUUUUUGGAUAUAUGUGUGAGUUUACUUUUCAUUUUUCCUAACUGAUUAUGAUUAUGCACACGAACUGCUUGUUGAAAUGCGUCAAUGAGGCAUUUCAUCAAUCUGUGGUUUUCUCUUAUCUGUUUGUGUUCAAUGUUUGUACCUUUUUUUUUUUUUAUGUGUUUUCCAAGACAGUAUAAAAGUAGGUUUCUUGAUCCUUCAUGUAAACCUCUGUUGUAUUUGGAUAUAUGUGUGAGUUUACUUUUCAUUUUGCCUAACUGGUUAUGAUUAUGCACACAGACCGCUUGUUGAAAUGCGUCAAUGAGUGUAGAAGGAAGUUGUAGGAAAAAUGGUUAAGGAGAAAUUGAAGGACGGUGGUAGUAAUGAUCUGAGAGCUGACUGGAAAGACCUUAAGGAACUACAAGCUUUUUGUCAGUUCUGUGCUGCUCAAGUCCUAGCUAGCCAGAGGAAAGGAGGAUUUUUGACCAAAAUUGGGGUUGACAACGUGAUUGAACAGUUGGGUAGCAUGGGAAAAGUGGUGACUCACCUUCAGAUUAAAAACAAAUGGGAUCAUCUGAAAAAAGGGUGGAAGGAUUAUAACCAGUGUUUUAACAAUGAGACUGGGUUGGGUUAUGAUGCUGGAACUGGGAUGCUUGAGGCCCCUGAUGAGUGGUGGACUCGAAAGAUUGUGGCAUGUCCCCUUGCAAAAACCUUUAAAAUAAAGGUUUGCCGAAUCGUGACUACCUGAACAUCAUGUAUGGAGGCACGGUUGCAACGGGGAAAAAUGCAUUCUGCACUAGCGGUCAAUUACCAAAGGAAACCACCGAAGGGUCUGGGGACUCUGUUGAUAGCACAGAAUUUGUUAACCCCCAAUGUGAACUGUUUAUGAAUGUUGACGCCAUGGAGGUUGAAGGUUCAUCAUUGUCGAGGGCAGGACCAGCAGUGAGUAAGGGGAAAGGCUUGGCAACCAGUGUCCACCUUUUCAAGCCAAUGUACAAGAAAUCAAAAAAAAGAAGCAUUCAGUUGCGCAAGAGAUGUUCGACUCUUUAGAGAGCAUCUCAAAUGUGAUUGUUGAGAGUCGAAGUGUAAGUACACGUAAGGAUAUUGCUUCCACAACAACUACUCAGGUUAAAGCCAUUUUGGACAUGGUGUUGAGUCUUUCAGGGGUGUACUCGGGUCAUUACCUUCAUCUGUUUAGCACCAUCUACUUCAUGGAAAAAGAGUGGGGUAGGCACAUGUUUCCUGCCCUUGGCGAUAACAAGGAUGUCCAACUGAAGUGGCUAGAAAAAGAGUACCAAAGGCACCCUGAAUUUCAUAUUGACUGAAGGAAAGAAAAUUGUCUAGAUAGGAACACGAGCUUGGUGUAGUAAUCGUAUUUUCAGUAUUAUACUUGUUGCAUUAUUGUUUUUCUUUUUUUUUUUUAUUGGUAGAAACUAAAGCUUACCAUGGCUGUGUAUGUAAGACAAUGCCUCUUUUAGCUAUCUUUUUUGUAUUUUUGAUGGUUAUGCACUGUUAUUUGUGGUAAACUUUGAUGAUGGUCGUUCAUGUUUG